AUGGGAGCCAGGUUGUCAUUGUUGGCACCAUCAGCUCCAACAGUUGCUGUAUCUUCAUAUGUUGAUGCAUUGAACAAUUACCAUUAUUUAGAAUUAAUCAAUAAUUCACGAUUCCUUAAAACCAUUAAAGCAAUAGAUAAGACAAAUGGUAAUUUAGUUAUAAUCAAAUUAUUAAUUAAACCAUCAGUUACAACUACUUCCAAUUAUAAUAUUCAAUUACAAGAGAUCAUAGAAUUAUUGGUUAAACAAUCAUCCAUUUUAUAUCCCUUUAAAAACACAUUACCCUGGCAUAAAUUAAUUGAAACUGAUCGAGCUGGUUAUUUAAUUAGACAAAUGAUUAAAACUAAUCUAUAUGAUCGAUUAUCAUUAAGACCUUUCUUAGAACCAAUUGAAAAGUUAUUUAUUGUUUUUCAAAUCAUUAAAUUAAUUUCCGAAUUACAUUCCUUAGAUAUUCAUCAUGGUGAUUUACGAUUAGAGAAUAUUUUAGUCACAUCCUGGAAUUGGAUCUUAUUAUCUGAUUUUGCCAAUUUAAUUAAACCAACAUAUAUCCCUGAAGAUAACCCCAGUCAAUUCUCAUUUUAUUUCGAUAGUUCAGCCAGAAGAGUCUGUUAUAUUGCCCCAGAACGAUUUUAUAAUUCUCAAGAUCAUCCCACGUAUGUUCUGAAUUUUAAUGAUGAUGGACUGUUUAAACUUAAAAAAAAUACCAUUACUGAUUCAAUGGAUCUUUUCAGUAUGGGAUGUGUGAUUGCGGAAUUAUAUGCGGAUGGAGAACCGACAUUUACUUUGUCCCAGUUGUUUAAAUUCAUUAAGGAGGAUUAUAAGCCUGAUUUCUCGGGAUUUCAGGAUAAGUAUAUUGUCGAGAUUAUUGAGAAAUGUUUAAGAAUUAAUCCGGAUGAUAGAAUAAGUGCAAGAGAAUUAUUAGAGGAAUAUAAGGGGAAAUGUUUCCCGGAGUUUUUUUAUACGUUUUUAUAUGAGUUUAUGGAAAGUUUGAAUAAUUGUGAGAAUUUUGUUCAGAAUGAUGAUAAUUUAACAAUUAGUGAUUUAAAGAUAAACUAUAUCUAUGAUAGUUUUGAAUCAAUAAGUCGUGAAUUGAAGUUUGAAUAUAAAUUUAAUGAUACUAAGUCUUCCGACGAGUUUUCCAUUCCUUUGAAAUUGAAUCUACCUACAAUGCCACAUAAUUAUACAAUAAAACCACGAAUGUUUAAGAAUGAUUCUCUGAGUGAAGCAUCAUUAUUGAUCUUAAAUGCAGUCAUAGCAUUAUCCAAAACCUUAAAACAAGUGAAUUCCAAAAUAAAAGCAUGUGAAUUAAUUCUUGUAUUAUCGGAAAGAAUCAAUGAUCAAUGUAAAUUGGAUAGAUCAUUACCUUAUUUAUGUUCAUUUUUGGAUGAAUUUAUAGAAGCAACUACAUUUCAUCAUUCAAAUAAUCAAGGAUCAACUGCUCAUAAUAUCUCACCUAAAGUGGUCUGUUUUGCCCUUUAUUCAAUCACAUCCUUACUUCUGACAUGUUCAUAUAUCACACCUAUAAAUGCAUCACUUUUCCCGGAAUAUUUGCUUCCCAAGAUAUAUAAUUUAUUAAUUGCCAAAAUUGAUAAGGAUUCACAAAGAAUGAUAAAUUGUGCAAUUGCAACUUGUUUACCCCAUUUAGCCAAUGUUUCCAAAAAAUUCUUAAUCAUGUCUAAAUCAUUCAAAAACCAACCAAGCAAGGAUAUUUCAAUCUAUCAAUCAUAUUAUCCAAAUAAUACCAAUAAUAAUCUAAUAUCUGAUGAAAUCUUGAAAUCAUAUACUUCAACCACCAUUACCAAAGAUCAACUUGAUUUGAAAUUUAAAGAUAUAACAUUGGUAUUAUUAACCGAUAAAGAUUCAUCAGUCCGUAUCAGUCUCCUACAAAAUAUCCUACCAUUAUGUCAAUUCUUUGGAGUUGAAAAAACCAACGAUAUCAUACUCCCCCAUCUAAUUUCAUAUUUGAAUGAUUCAGAUCCAGGACUUCGAAUGGCAUUUCUUUCAUCAGUAUUAAAAAUGGGUCCAUUCAUCGGGGCAUUGUCAUUUGAACAAUAUAUCCUCCCGUUAUUGAUUCAAAGUUUGGGAGAUGGUGAACAAUUGGUGGUUUUGAAAGUACUUGAGAUUUUUAAUACUUUUGUUGCCGACAGGUUAAUUAAUCCCAGGACGGAAUUUAAUGCAUUGGAGAUAUAUAAAGAAUUACUUGUCAAUUCGAUAAAUUUAAUCUUACAUCCAAAUGAAUGGAUUCGACAACUGGUAUUAUUGUUGAUUAUUAACAUAAAUCAAAACCUUACCGAUGCGGAUCGGUAUUGUUUUUUAUAUCCUUUGAUAAAAGGGUUUUUAUCAUAUGACAUUUCGAUUAUUGAUUGGGGGAAUCUAUAUCCAUGUUUGACAAAACCAUUAUCGAAACCGAUUUAUGAUUUGACAAUUACGUGGUGUUUAAAUGCCACGGGGAAAUCCUUAUUUUGGCAACUGAAAAAAUCGACCAAUUAUGUCGUGAAUGAAUUAGCAGGAAGUUCAUCCAAGAAGAGAUUGGUUUCAUUUUCGAAAAAUAUGGGGAAAUCGGUCUAUUUACCUCGAUUGAAUACCGAAGUGAGUUUUUCCAAUAAUAGUGACAAAAAGACUUCGAAAUCAACGGUUCCAUUAUCUCCGGAAGAUAAACAAUGGUUGAUUAAAUUGAAAUCCUUGGGGCUUGAUGAUAGGUCAUUAUGGAAGGUUUUCAUCAUGAGGGAUUAUAUAUAUCAUAUAAGUAAAUCAACUACUACUCAAACAUCCCAAAAAUCGGCCCAAGAAACGAAAAAUCAAUUUGAGAAUGGUAUUAGUGUUAGACCGAGGAAUAUAUUUUUCGAUAUCAUAUAUAAAUCAGAACCAAUCGUGCAACCGAGUGUUGGAAUCAAGAAUGAAACUGUCCUUCCGGCAUUAGAAAAAGAUUCAGUUUCAAUAACCAACAAAACAAGAAGAGGAUCAGGUAGUUUAGUGCUACCAACAAUAGGAAGAGUAACGGCGUCAGUUCAGACGGUGGAAGCAAACGUAUUUGGAGAAAUGGAUGUUCAUCCAUCCACCAGCAACAACAACAACACCAACACCAAAUCUCGUGGGAAGGAUUCAAGAGGAAAAGAAUAUCGAGGCGAUUUACAUACCAGACAUGGAGUAUUCAGUGUUAAUAAUUCCAAGAUUGUAACUACUCAUAUUAAACAUACUUACAAAGGGCAAAAUCCAUAUAUUUUGAAAUAUCUUAAUGGAUUGAAUUUAUAUCCUAAUUUAAGUGAUUUUACCGAAUUUGGAAAUAUCAUAUAUCCAAAACCCACCCCUAAGGAAAUUUUCAAACCAAAAGCUACUUUGGUUGCACAUGUUAGAUGUAAUGAUCAAUCGGAUGAAAUUGAUGGGAUUACCUGUUUGGAAAUUUGUCCAACUUCAGAAUUCUUCAUUACGGGGUCAGAAUUGGGGAUAUUGAAGAUUUGGGAUAGUUAUAAGAUGGAAAAAGUUAUAACGGUGAAGAGUUCCAGUUUGACUAUGGACCUAAAGUCAAAAAUCACCAAUAUUGUAUUUUUACCUAAUCGAUUUGUGAUUGUGGUUAGUACAAUAGAUGGAAAUAUUCGAGUUUUGAGAAUUGAUGUUAUGAGAAAUAAAACAAAGAGAAUUAGUCGAUAUAUGAAAUUACAAUUAAUAAGAGAUUAUAAUCUAAAUGAUGGUUCAUAUGUUAUGAGUUCGCAAGUUGUGAUUAAUGAUCGUGAUAAUUUAUUGAUUUGUGUUGAUUCACAAUCACGAAUUCAACUGUUUAAUUUAGUCACGAUGGAAAGGUUGGAACAAUUACAGAAUCCAUUAAGAUAUGGGAUUGUGAAUAGUUUUAUAAUGGAUACUAAGAAUAAUACUUGGUUGUUAAUUGGAACUGAUCGAGGAAUAUUAUGUCUUUGGGAUUUAAGAUUUAAGUUAUUAAUCAAGAGUUGGAAAGUGAUUGUAGAGAUUAAUGAUACAAAACUGGAAGUAUCUUCAAUUAAAUCAUUACAAAUCUUACCGUCGAAAUUAUGGAAUAGUUCCGAGACAACAAAUAAAGAGACUUCAGGAUUGUCAUUUGCUAUGAUGUGUGGCGGAGAAUGUUCAAGUAGUGUGAGUAUUUGGGAAAUACCUAGUUUUGAAUGUAAAGCAAUCUUACGUAGUGAUGUUACGAGAUCAUAUUAUGAAAAAUAUCAAUUAAUUGAAAUCCCCAGCACCCAUAAAAGAACCCCAUCAUCAUCAUCUCCAAUUGAAGAUCUCAAACGAGAAAUUGAAAUUUUAUUAGAUGGACCAACACCUUUCGAUAAGAAAUGUCUAACUUCCAUCAAAUCAAUAAUUACCAAUCAACCCAGUCUCUUAAGUUCAACAUCAGACAAUAGAAUCACAUUAUGGAACCUAAAUUCAAUAACCGAUUCAUCAUCAAUAGACACCACCCAGAUUUCCAAAUUCAAUAAACGAACAAUCGGGAAUCAGAUCAUGAUAGAUGAAGUAUUGGAACCAAAACCAGAAUCAAGUCUACAUGCAUUCAAACAACAUUCAUCAUCAUUUCAAGAAAUUAUGAGAGAGGGGGAUAUGUUAGGUGGAGGGGUGACUAAGUCCCAUCAAGAUGUUAUUACUGGAUUAGGGCUUUUGUAUGAACCGUUUGAGAUGAUUGUUUCCGUGGAUAGAAAUGGUCUUAUUAAUCUUUAUAAAUGA